GGCGAGGCCGGGCCAUGGCGGCCCCGCACGCUGAGAAGCUGGAGGGCGGCGUCCCGGCUCCCCCGGCCCCGCCGGGACCCCCGCACCCCGCGGGCGGCGCCGCCACCACCGGGCCCGGCCGCAAGCAGGGGAAGGCAGGACUGCAGAUGAAGAGCCCCGAGAAGAAGCGCCGCAAGUCAAACACGCAGGGCCCGGCCUAUUCGCAUCUCUCGGAGUUCGCGCCGCCGCCUACGCCCAUGGUGGAUCACCUGGUAGCCUCUAACCCCUUCGAAGACGACUUUGCCACUCCCAAAGCCGGCGCGGCGCCUGCCCCGUUCCUUGGUGCCCCCGGUCCCUUCGGCGCCUUCCGUGGCCCCGGGGGGCUGACGCCGCAGGUGCCCCCUGGUUAUGGCCCACAGCCCCUGCGGAGGCAGCCGCCGCCCUUUGCGCCGGGGCAGAUGGGCCCGGCGUUCGCCAUGCCGCCCCAGACCCCCGGCUACGGGCAAGCGGGCGGCUUGGCCUUCCCGGCACAGCCGUUCGGGCAACCCCUCGGACAGAGCUUCAGCCCGCCGGCGGCGCAGCUCCUGCCGGGCCCCGUGGGCACCUUUGGGCCCAUGAUCUCCCCCACCAUGGGGCAGCCCCCCAGGGGUGACGGGGGUGCCGGGCCAGCUCUCAACGCGCCCCCAGCGGGGCCGGCAGUGGCUCAGCGCUUCAACCAGCCCGGCAAUCUCUUUGGACAAUCACCGUUGGGGCGUCCCGGGCAGAACAUCCCGCCUUUGCCUCCCACCGCCAGCCCCUUUCCCGGCGCCGAUCCUGGUUUCCCUGGCGGCGGCGGCGAAGAGGGGGGCAAACCCCUCAACCCGCCGCCCAGCACCUUCGCUCAGGAGCCGCAUUCGGGCUCCCCUGCUGCCGUUAAUGGGGCGCAACCGGCGUUCACCAACAGUGCCGGCCGUGGCGCCAGCACCCCAGAAACCAACAGCCUCCCGCCGGCACCUCCUGGCAAAGCAGCCGGCGGUUCCGGACACCAACCGCCACCGGGGUUGGUGUAUCCAUGUGGAGCGUGCCGCAACGAGGUCAACGACGACCAGGAUGCCAUCCUGUGCGAGGCCUCCUGCCAGAAGUGGUUUCACCGGGAAUGCACCGGGAUGACGGAGAACGCCUACGGGCUGCUCACCACCGAGGCUUCCGCCGUCUGGGCGUGCGAUUUCUGCCUCAAGACCAAGGAGAUCCAAUCUGUCUACGUCCGGGAGGGGAUGGGACAGCUCGUGGCCGCCAACGACGGCUGAGCCGCCCGCCCGCCGCCGGCUCCAGCUUCUCCUGCUGGUUUAGGACCAAAAAUCCCUUUCUUUUGUAGCCGUUGUCCCUGUUGCGAGCUGGAGAGAUGGCACCGGGGCUGUGGUUGCGGCUCAGCGCCGGCUCUGGCACUGUAUUCUGGUUCUGGCUGCGGUGCCGGACUCCGGCUGCGGCUCAGAAUGAAGCAUGGUGUUGCAGCUCGGCACUGCACGCCGUUCGGCACGGGACACCGGCUGCAGCACCGGCUGCAGCUCAGCGUAGGACUCCAGCUGCGGCACCAGACUCUGGAUGCGGCACCGGACACAGGCCGUGGCUCAGCACCGGCUGUGCCUCAGCCCCAUCACGGGCUCGGGGCCGGGGGGGGUGGCCGGUUGCUGCGGGGAAGGGGGGGGCUGAGGCUCCUGGUGCCCCCGGCUCUGCUGAGAGGGGGUGGCCCUGCCAUUACCCGGGCAGUGAUCUGGUGCCCAGCACCGUCCAGGACUGCCCCGGUGCUCGGGAUGCUCCCGGUGACCCCGCCCCCCCACCGUGCUCGGGAUGCUCCCGGUGACCCUCCCCUCUCGAUGCUCGGGAUGGUCCCGGUGGCCCCCCCCCCUUCAGUGCUCGGGAUGCUCCCGGUGCCCCCCCCCCUCGGUGCUCGGGAUGCUCCCGGUGCCCCCCAGUCUGUGCUCGGGAUGCUCCUGGUGCGCCCCCCCCCCCCCCCGCCACUCCUCUCCGGUGCUCGGGAUGCUCCCUGCGCCCUCCAAUCGGUUCUCGGGAUGCUCCCAGUACUCCCCAUCCCCCCUCCGUGCUUGGGAUGCUCCCGGUGUCCCCCUCCCCUCUCGGUGCUCGGGAUGCUCCCGGUGCCCUCCAAUCGGUUGUCGGGAUGCUCCCGGUGCCCCCCUCCCCUCUCUACGCUCGGGAUGCUGCCGGUGCCCUCCCCCCCCAAUGCUCGGGAUGCUCCCGGUGCCCUCCUUCCUCCCCUUUCGGUGCUCGGGACGGUCCCGGUGCGCCGUGUUCCCCCACCGCUGGUGCUCUGAACGUUCCCGGUUUACUCUUUUCCCCCUCAAUUCCCGGUGCUCGGGACGCUCCCGGUCCUCCCCCACUCCCCGUUGUAACCGAUCGUUAACGGAAACUUUUGUACGGCCGCUA